AUGCACUCCAUUCGCUUGCUCAGCUCUCUUGGACUUUGGCUCGUAUCUACCAUAGCUGUGGUGCAAUGUUAUCGAGACUACAACUGUGCCCAAGAUAUGGUCAUAUCAUCGGCCGAUGUUAGAGCAGCCCACAAAAGGGCCGUCUCGCGCAUAAAUAAUCCGAGUACAGAUAACAAAUUUCCGAUUAAUAUUCAAUACAGAGGAAAUAUUACCCCCACAGCUAAUCCCGCUUAUUAUUGGUAUGUGACGCAAUUGACAGACUCCCAAGGUCGGGCGGGAAUGAAGUACUAUUUGCUGACUUCAGCGUCGGGCGACAUUUUGGGGAUGAUAAGCACUGGCUGGGGGAGGUAUCUUGGCACAAGCGACACCUGGUGUACAAAGGCGUAA